AUGCAAUUCAACAACAACAACUCAACCCAAACAACCACAACAACUCAACACUCUGUAACUGUUUUUGUCCCAAUUGAAAUCCCAUUGACAGUUGCCAACAAACUCCAAGUUGAUCACACUUCAACCAUUUUCCCAAUCGUCCAAACCAACACCAUGUCUCAGUCUGACUUGACCGCACUCGUCCAAAAGUACUUUGUUAGUAGCUCGGUUUCCAGUCAUUCAGUUUCACCAGCCUCAACAUCUCUUUCGUCAACCAGUAGUACUUCCUCCUCUUCCUCCGAGACUACCACUUCCUUUGAAACCAGUGCCAUGCACUCUUUUGAAUCGCACACAAGCUCGAGUAGUAGUUUGUCGGAAACAACCACCGACAAUAAUAGCUUUGUAUCGUCGUCUACAACUGAACCUGUGGUGGAAACAGAAACAACAGAAACAAAAGAAACAACAGAAACAACAACAACGACUAUGGAAAUGCAAGACAGUCAUCAUCAAACUAAAACAUUUAAGAAUAGUGUUUUUGGCACUCAAGCUUCAAUCUCAUCUAAGGGUCUUUGCCAUCUUCUUGGCCAAGGCAGAGGCAAGAAUAGCGAAAAGAGUGGCUUUGUUCCACAACUCAACAACAAUCUCUUGGUUUUGCAAAGCUUGGUCCAAGUUCCUCGUGUCUUGCCAGAGAGUGAUCCUCAGGAUUUUGAUUGUCGCCGACCACAACAAUCAGUCUCAGUCAACCCAACCAUUCGUCGCACUAUUUGCCUUAUUAUUGACCGCCUUCAACAAGUAUCAAGCCAAGAGAACUUUGAGAAGGGGCUUAAUAACUGCUUUGCCAACAACAACAACUCAAACAAUAAUCACUCCAGAUGUAGCUCAAGCUGGCAACUACACGCUAGAGCCAGUGAAAUACCAGCCGCAGCAGCUAGAGCUCAUGCCAAUAUCUCAUCAACCAACUCUCGCCUUAAACCAGUCUAUAAAUACUGUCAACAACAGAAACAACAACAACAACAACAACAACAACAACAACAACAACAAGAAUUUAUUAUCAACUUCAACAGCAUCAACACGUCAAUUAUGGUUUCCGACACCAUCCAAGGAGGUGGACAAAUCGAGCCAGAUCAAGAGCAAGUCUUCUUUGACUGGUUCAAGGAAUUCUCAAUGUGCGAUUUAGAGGAUGCCCCAACCUCUACCGGCUCCAACAAUUGUAUGAUGGAGUUUGGGGAUGACAUGUUUAAUCAAUCCACCGAUGUAUUUUUAUCAAAAUCCACUACCGGCACCGCUGCCAGAAUCACAUUCAAGAACCUCGACCAAUUUCUUGAGCACUUGGACCAAGAAGAGUCUAAUGCCCUCGCCUGCUCCUCCACCACCACUUGCAACAAGACACACUCCCAGUUUCGUCCAACUGCCACCAACCGUCUCGUCAUCAAGCCAACCUGGUGUGUCUAUGGAGAUGAGCGCAAUCCAGAGUAUUUCACAAACUGUCUCUUUGACCAGACGUGUGGCGACAUUAUAGUCGACCAUUUCGAGCCACUCGUCAACUCACCAGAUCUCUUUACCUUGUCUCGUGGAGGUCGUCGUAUCCUCGAGACUCCAAACGCAGGAGGUAACUCUGUGUGGUCGGAGGUCCUUUCAUUUGAGGUUUUAAACCAAGUGUUUGGUGCCACUCUCAAAAAGACCGAGACUGAAAUCGAGUAUGUACCAGGAUCCAAGAUCACCGAUUAUUCAGUCGACUUUCAGGGUCGCCACAUUGGUGUGUCUGUCGUACGUAUCAUCAACUUUUUCGAUUUGAUGGGCAAAAAGUACAAGGCCAUCUUUACGCCAGAGUAUGCCAAGCAAUUGCUCUACAAAAAGUUGUUUGGUGUCAUUGCCUCGUCCGAAGCCGUCAUCGACAAGUGGGAGAAGCAAAUUCUCUACAUUUGGACCACCUCUUCUUCUGCUGCAGACAUCAUCGUCGAAGAGUAUUGGAAAAUCCCAAAAAAGUUACGUCACAAUACUUUAGUUUAUAUAACUCAUGCUACAGGUUCCGAAUGGUUAUUUUAA